AUGGAGGACGUUCACGAAAACUUCCAAACCCUCAUGAAUUACUGCGCGGGUGAUGUAAUAGCGACACACAAUGUAUUAAAGGAAAUACUACCAAUGUUUCUGGAGCGAUUCCCACAUCCUGUCACGUUUGCUGGUAUGCUUGAGUUAGGCACAGCGUAUCUUCCCGUAAAUUCAAACUGGCAACAAUAUAUAGAUUCGGCAGAAACCGUAUUUGAGGAUCUGAAACUGGAGUCGCGACAAUUGUUGUCUCAAAAAGCAGAUGAAGCGUGUCGGAUGAUGAAUGAUGAUGCAUACAAAAAAGACCUUUGGAUGUGGGAUCAGGAUUGGUCGACGCAGAAACUAAAAUUAAAAAAACAAACUGUCAAAAAGAAGAAAAAUCCUGAUACAAUUUCGGACACAAACAAUCAAAUUAUAGAAGAUACAAAAGUCGAAGUAAGUCAAAUAAACAAACAAGAAUUAAACACAAAAACAGAGUAUGAUGUACUGUGUGAAGAAUACAUAAAGUCAACAGAGUUAAUGGAUAGUGAAUGCAAUAAACCAGAUACAAAAAACAAAAUGGAGGAACUGAAUAAAAAGUUUUCAUAUCUCUAUGAAAUGGGACAUCUGUUGCCGGUGAAGAGACCAUACUUAGCCGGAUAUCCAGCUUGGUAUAGAAAGCUAUGUACAAAGCCAGGAAAAGAUCCAGAUUGGAUUCCCGGGGCUAAUAAUAUUACAACUAGUAUGCAGAUAACGCCUAAGCUCCUCCGUUUGACGUGGGAAGGGUAUCCUUUACACUUUAUCCAGGGUGAAGGCUGGGGCUUUCUAGUUCCGUUUAGCAGAAUUCAACAAGAGACAGAGGGAGAACCGCGGUUACCUUUGGAGCAGCUUUUAGAAUCAUGUCCCUUGGUUCAAACGCCUAAGGAGCUUGAUAGUGAAUUGUAUGUGUUGCCUAAGACUGUUGAGGAGGACCUUAGUAGACGUGCGUACUACGCAAGAAAAAAGGUCGAUGAGCAAGCAGCGGCGAAUCAGUAUCACGGCUUAGGCGUCUGGUGUGGAAUACAGCUGCAAGGCUGCUGUCACUUUUUAAGGUUACCCCAUAAAGACGGCCCAAAAUAUAAAGUAGGCAAUCCUCUGGCGAAAGAUUUCCUGAACAUGUUCAGUCAGAACGUGCUCUCGGCGCAGGGUAAUGAGGCUGAAAAGGUAUUAACUUUCGCACGCAUGAUGUCCUAUUGGCGGAAUAACCGCGAGCGAAUCCGCGCGCAGCAAGUUGUAUGGCUGCCGCCUCACUGUCUACCCGCCGCGUUACGCGACAACCGAUCUUACGGCGCUAUCAUACCGCAGGUUGUUGUAUGCGGUACUCUCACUAGGCGAGCUAGCGAGCCCACGUGGAUGACCGCAAGCAACGCGCACAAGGAACGUAUCGGCUCGGAGCUACGUGCUAUGGUCCAAGCACCGCCUGGCUACAAGUUUGUUGGCGCUGACGUAGACUCACAGGAGUUAUGGAUAGCGGCACUUUUAGGAGAUAGUAGCCUCGGCAUUUGCGGCGGAAGCCCGUUCGGCUGGGCUGUGCUCGCCGGGGACAAGAGCCACGGCACAGACCUGCAUUCACUCACCGCGAAAGCGGCGGGCGUCAAUCGGGACCACGCCAAGGUCAUUAACUACGCACGGAUAUACGGGGCCGGACAAAACUUUGCCGAGCGGUUACUGAAACAGUUUAAUCCUACUAUGACGAUAUCGGAAGCGAAGAGCAAAGCGGCCAAAAUGUUCACGUCGACAAAGGGAAGGAGAGUGUAUACGCUGAAGAAGAAGUAUAUGGAAGGGCUAAUGGAUGAGGAUUUGGAAGGCAAGGUGAUGGAAAUGUCAGCGUAUCAAGCUAUGCGCUUGGCGAAACUGAGCAGCAAACAAGUUGAAGACAUGUUUGAGCGUCCGAAGUGGGUGGGGGGCACAGAGUCUGACAUGUUCAACAAACUGGAGGAGAUAGCCGAUUCGGAGGCGCCUGCUACGGCGUUCCUAAGCGGUCGCUUGUCUCGUGCUCUGGAGAAGUCCCGCGCACGCUGGGGCGGCACGCGGCUCAACUGGGCCGUGCAGAGCGCCGCCGCGGACUUCCUGCACCUCAUGCUGGUCAGCAUGGCGCACCUCGCGCCGCACGCCAGAUUUUGUCUCAGCUUCCAUGACGAAGUACGGUAUUUGGUUCCGGAACAUCUGAAAUACGAAACCGCAUUGGCUCUGCACAUCACAAAUCUUUUCACUAGAGCAUUUUGUUCUCAACGGGUGGGCAUUAACGACCUGCCCCAAUCAGUAGCGUUCUUCACAUCUGUGGAAGUGGAUCAAGUUUUGCGGAAGGAAUCUAAUAUCUGUUGCACUACGCCUUCUAAUCCGCACGGUUUGGAAAAAGGCUACGGAAUACCAAACGGAGAAUCACUAACUAUUUUCGAUGCUAUUGAAAAAUCUAAAGCUAAUAAAUAA